AUGGCCGGGGACGCUGCCCAGCCGCCGUCGCCGCCGAUGGAGGCGGAGACCGUGACGACGUCGGUGCCGCUGCUGCGACGCAGGGGCUCAUACCAGCGGUCCAUGUCGCACGCGCGCGACGAGCUCAGCAGCUUCCGGACCUGCCUCCGCUGGAUGUGCGUCGACCACUCCGACGGCGGCAGCGCCGCGGCCUCCUGGCUCGUCUUCGCGCUCCUCGCGGUGGCCGUGCCCGUGGCAUCCCGCGUCGCCCUGCCGCGCCGCGCCUACGACACGCAGGUGCAGGCCUCGCUCACGCUCUCCGCCGCGCUCGCCUACCUCACGCUCACCUCCCUCAUCCGCCGCCGCGGCCUGCGACGCCUCCUCUACCUGGACCGCCUCCGCCACGACUCGCAGGACGUGCGCGCGGGGUACAUCGUGCAGCUCGCGGGCUCCUUCCGCGUCCUCGCCUGCUUCGUGCUCCCCUGCUUCCUCGCCGACGCCGCCUACAAGGUGUUCUGGUACUGCGCGAACCGGCCCUUCCCGUCGUCGGCGCCCUGGUGGUGGCUGGCGGCCGCGUGCGCGCUGGAGGUCGCGUCGUGGAUGUACCGCACCGCCAUGUUCUUCAUGGUGUGCGUGCUCUUCCGGAUCAUAUGCUAUCUGCAGAUCCUGCGGAUGACGGGCUUCGCGCGGGACUUUGGGCAGUGCGCCGACGUCGCGGAGGUGCUCAGGCAGCACCGCCGCAUCCGUGACCAGCUCCGGCGGAUCAGCCACCGCUACCGGAGGUUCAUACUCUACUGCCUGCUCCUCGUCACGGCCAGCCAGUUCGCCGCGCUCCUCGGCGCCACCAGGCCCCACGCGCAGGUCAACAUCGCCACCGCCGGCGAGCUCGCGCUGUGCUCCCUGAGCCUCGUCGCCGGCCUGCUCAUCUGCCUGCACAGCGCGGCCAAGAUCACGCACAAGACGCAGGCCAUCACCAGCAUCGCCGCGGCGUGGCACGCCGACGCCACCAUCAACACCCAGGACUGCGACCAGGAGAACCCCAGGCCGCCCGGCAACGCCUACUUGCAGCAGCAGCAGCAGCUGGCACCCCUGACCACCUCCUCCGGCGACGACGAGUCCGACGACGACGAGACCUCCCCGAGCGAGGACAGCCUCGACACCUCCUCCAAGUUCAUGUCUUUCCAAGCCACCCACAUCUCCUACCAGAAGAGGCAGGCGCUAGUGACCUACCUGGAGAACAACCGCGCCGGCAUCACCGUGUUCGGCUUCGUCGUCGACCGGACCUGGCUACACGCGCUCUUCAUGAUCGAGUUCUCGCUGGUCAUGUGGCUGCUAGGGAAGACCAUCGGUAUAUCUUGAGUGCAGCUAGCCAUCUCUCCGAUCCAUGAUCCAGCUCCUAUCAAUGUUCUUAGUCCUGUCAUGCAUCGUCAAGUGUCAUGUAGAUUGCCCCCCAGAGCUGUAAACUGAAUACAGAUACAUAGUUAAGUAACUCAUGUACCAGACGCAACCGUGCAUGUUAGCAUUUGGCUUCUUGCGAUCCUGAUUCGUGAUGCAAAUUAGAUAUGAUGACUGGUGAGAGCG